GUUAUAUAUAAAUCUUAUUUAAUUAUGAGCGAAAAUCCAUUUGAGGUUUUAAAAGAAGACAUGGAGAAUGAAGAAGUUUAUUUAAAAGUGAAUGCUAUGCAUAGAGUGAAAGUUGUUGCUACUUUGUUAGGCAGUGAUAAAAUAAAGUCAUAAUUAAUACCAUAUUUUGAAAGUAAAUAGCAAUAAAUAUUAAACUAGCUCUAUUAAAGAAAGAAGAUGAUGAAGUACUUUUUGCAUUAGCUGAAGAAUUAGGAAAUAUUGCGUAAUUAUACUUAAUUAUAUAUUUAUAGUUAAAUCAUUCCAAAUUAGUCAUCAUGUUUAUUAUCUUUGCUUGAACAAUUAGCAGGAUUUGAUGAAACUGUUGUAAGAGAAUAAGCUGUAAAAUCUAUCGCAAUUGUUUGUGGAUUUUUAGGAGACAAUGAUAUUGCUAACACUAUUGUACCAAUGGUAAAUUUAUUUCUUUUACAAAUUUUAUAGAUUAUUAGAUUAGCUUCAAAUGAUACUAAUUUUACUUGUCGAGUAUCUGCAGUUUGUUUAAUGUGUCCAUUAUAUGCUAGAGCUGGUAAUUAAAAGGAGAAAAUUAGAUAGUAAUUCAAAUUUAAAUAUUCAUUAGAAAGUUUACUGAGUUAUGUAGUGAAGAAACACCUAUGGUAAGAAGAGCUGUUGCUACUAAAAUUGGAGAAAUUGCUUAAUUUAUGGAUAAGAUUCAUGUCAUUUAAGAUUUGAUUCCUGUUCUUAAAUAAUUAUGUCAAGAUGAACAAGAUUAAGUUAGAUUAUUAUGCAUGGAAAGUUUAAUGAAUAUAGCAAAAAUUUUAAAUAGUAGUGAAAAUAAAACUAAUAUUCUACCUCUAAUUAUUUAAUCAGCUGAAGAUAAAUCAUGGAGAGUAAGAUUAGCAUUAUCCAAAAUAUUUGCAGAUGUAAUAUUAAUUAUUUUAUAAUAAUAGUUAGCUGAAGCUGUAGGUAAAGAAAUUGCUGAUUCCUCACUUAUUUAGAUCUUCUCUAACUUAUUAAAAGAUACUGAAUGUGAUGUUAGAGUCAUUGCUGUUAGAAGUUUGGCAAGAUUUAUUAAAUUUGUAUCACCAGAGAAAUUAAAUUUAAUAGUUCCUCUUUUAUAAUUAUUAUCAAAAGAUCCAUUUUCAUAAGUUAAAUGUAUAAAUUGUUUUAGAUAUUAGAAUAUGCAUGUGAAGUUAUUGGUUAAAUUGCUACACUCUUACCAAAAGAGUAUAGUCAAAGCAAAUUAUAAUAAUAUUUAAUUGAUUUAAUGGCUGAUGAUAAUUAAGAUGUAAGAAGAAAUGCUGCAAAAUCAGCAGGAUAAUUUGCAGCUGCCAUAGGUCCAGAGGCUUUGAAUUAAUUUGUUCCAUUUUUAAAAAAAUGUAUGGAUGAUCCUAAAUGGAGAGUAAGGAAAGAAACUAUGUAAACUAUCAUUCAAUUAGCCUUGUAUUAAUUUAUAUAUUAAUAUUUUAAGGACUGUAAAAAAUCCUGAUGUCUUUAAUAAAUAAUUGGAAUCUGUUUUCGUAAUGUUUUUAAAAGAUAGAGCAGCUGAAGUUAGAUCUAUGGGAUUAAUAUAAUUACCUGCAUUGAUUGCUACUUAUAAAUAAGACUGGGCUAUUGGUAAUUUCUUAUCUAAAUGCAUUGAAACUUUAUCUAAGGAUGUUGGAUCACUUUAUAGAAUCAAUGCACUUUAUGCUAUCUAAUAAAUCUCUUUUGCUGUUGAUGGACCUAUUGCUUAAGAUAAAUUAUGGCCUAUUGUUUAAAAGUGUUUAAAAGAUCCAGUUCCAAAUAUUAGAUUUGUUAGUAUUAAGGUGGCAAAAUCUUUAUAAAAGAAAAUUGAUAACUAAUAAACUUUGAAUCAAAUAAAAUAGUAAAUUUAAUUUCAUUAUUUUUUAGAUCUAUUAAUGAAUUAUUAGAAGAUCCAGAUAGAGAUGUUAAAUUUUAUGCAUAAGAAGCAUUAUAAAAUUGAAUGUCCA